AUGGUAGAAAUACAAAUAUGUGAUCUUUUGAUAUUCGAUAAAAAGGAAUCUUAUUAUUGUCACGUCGAUUUGUACACCCGCAAGCACAAUGUCACGCGUGCAAGUUUACGUUACACCCCAAAACGGUCGCAUUAUUGUAAGGAGCCCUACACAACGACAAGGAUAGAAGUGACGCGGGAAAGAGAGGAAAAGAAAGAUCUGUGUUCAUUGGCUAGUGUACUAUUAGCUGAUGACUGGGAGAAAGAUGAUAGUAAGAAAAGUAUCAAUCCUGAUGACUGCUUCUAUUUCAAGCGAGAGGUAGUGGAAGAAGUCCAGGUAGAAGCGGAGCGUGACGUGUGCUGUGAAGGCUGGCGGGGAAAGGAUUGUAAUGAACCUAUAUGCGACCCCGGCUGUCAGAAUGGUGGUAACUGUAUUGGUCCAAACACGUGUGAAUGUCCUGUUUUAUGGGAAGGGAACACAUGCCAAACACAAAGAGAAAACGAGUUACCUUUCGCAACAUGCGUAGCGUGGGGCACCGACCACUUCCGGACGUUCGAUGGUAGACGUUACAACUUCGACGGGCCAUGUUCCUACACACUUGCACAAGACGCUGAUGGUACAUGGAGUGUCAGGAUCAAAAACGUCAACUGUGAUACUCAGAAGAACUGUCACAAGAGAGUGGAGAUAACGCUUGGGAUUGGUGACAGCUCACACAAGGUAUUCGCAGAUGAAGGGGUACUGCAGAUUAAUGGAGACGAUAUAGACGCAUUACCAUUCCAGAAAAAAGGUCUUGUCAUAAAGAGAAACGGUGACUAUAUAUUUCUAGAGAGUGGUUUAGGUGUUAGUGUUAAAUGGGAUCACGCAUCAGCUGUUUACGUCACUGUAGACAAGGGGGACGCUGUACAGGGUAUGUGUGGUACUUAUGACGGCGAUCUGGAAAACGAUUUCCUUAUGAAGAAUGGUCUUCAAGCAGCUUUCCCUGCGGCAUUCGGGAAUUCGUGGAAAUCCCUCGGCGUGGGAGAGUCAUGUCCCGACACAAGUGACCCUCCAUUGCCAUGUAGUGGUAAACAAGAUUUUCUGCCAACUGUGAGAGAGCGAUGUGAUAUUAUAACAACAGGGAAGUUGUCAGAGUGUGCUGAAACUGUUCAUCCACUCGCCUUUAUCAACUGGUGCGUCGCGGACCUUUGUAAAUAUGCCGACAAUGAAGAAAAAAUGACAGACGCCUUAUGUGAAGUUUUGACGAUUUAUUCCAGAGAAUGUUCCGCUAAAGGAAAAAUAAUAGAUUGGAGAGAACAGGACUUCUGUGCCAAGAAAUGCCCCGGUAACCAAAUUUACAUGGAGUGCGGGUCAGCGUGCCCCCGUACUUGUGCCACUGCCAAUUAUGACUUGGCGAAGUACUGUGAUGCAGAAUGUGUUAGUGGAUGCCAGUGUCCAGAGGAUACCUUCCUGGAAGAUGCAGAAUGUGUCCCCGCUGAUCAGUGUCCAUGCAUCCACAACAGAAAGAAAUAUGGAUCUGGAGAAGAAGUUAAAACCGGAUGCAACGUUUGUACGUGCCAAGCUGGUAAAUGGGAAUGUUCAACGGAACCAUGCGAAGCGACCUGUUCAAUCCUCGGCGAUCCUCACAUCAUUACGUUUGAUCAAACCUAUUACAAGUUCCAAGGAAACUGCGAGUAUACCAUUUUAGAGGACGUCAUUGACGGAAAAAUAACAAUCACUGGUGAAUUUGGAAAAUGCGGAAGUGACGGAGCUGUCACGUGUUUGAAAUCUGUUACAAUCAAUAUUGGAAAGACUGAGGUGCAACUGUAUGACAAACAACGCGUGAAAAUGAACACCGUCGAAACAACGUUGCCAUUCAGAAACGGUGACGCUACUGUUAAACGCGCAACGUCAAUGUUUGUCUUGGUGGAAAGUCCCGGAUUAACCAUUCUCUGGGACAGCAAGACACGACUUUAUAUUACAUUAAUGCCACAGUUCGUCAACAGGGUACGAGGUCUAUGUGGUACGUUCGACUUCAUCCAGAGUAACGAUUACGAGUCUCGUGACGGCGACAUUAGUGAUUUCACAUUUGCCAAUUCGUACAAAGUUCGAGGUGAAUGCUCAGACGUGGGCGAAGAGCAAUUCCAGCCGUGUAUGAUCAAUUCACAGAAUGCCGACUAUGCAAAAUCCAAAUGCGAAUUUCUCCUAUCGCCCGCCUUCAAACGAUGCCACAGAAUAGUUGACCCCGAAAUGUAUUACGAUAUGUGUGAGUACGAUGUUUGUGGUUGUAGCAAUGCCGAUGACUGUCUGUGCUCCGCUAUCGCGUCAUACGCCAAAGAGUGUUCAAGAAAUGAAGUCAUUAUAGACUGGAGGUUUGAGGACCCCGUCAAGAACAUAUGCGCACCCAAAUGUGAGGGUAGCCAAAUAUACAGCGAAUGCUCCUCGCCAUGUGCCAUCACUUGUAGCGAACUGAGUUCCGAUCAAGAAUGUACCAAAACUGAGUGCAUCGCAGGAUGUAAUUGUCCCGGGAACACCGUACUCGACGACUCCGGUAACUGUGUACCGCCUUCAGAGUGCACAUGCACAUAUAUGGGCAAAGUGUACUCCGCAACACAACAGAUUGAACGGUCAUGCCAAACUUGUACCUGCAAUGGUGGUCAGUGGGAUUGCCUAGGUGAAAUGUGCGAACAAAAGACCAUCUGUCCUGGCAACAAAGUCUACAGCGAGUUUGUCUCACCGUGUCCGCUAACGUGCGAGAAUGUUGACAACUACCAAGAUUGUGGUGCAUCCACAUUCCCAGGAUGCACUUGCCCGGAAGAUACCGCACUUGACAUGCAGACUGAUUCAUGUGUAAAGCCCGACCAAUGUCCAUGUCGUCAUAAUGGCAAACGUUAUGAAGCCGGGGCUAUCAUAGACAAAGAUUGCAAUGUAUGCCAAUCUAUACAGUGCGAAGAAGGGUAUGUUUACGAGGCGUGUGGACCGAUGUGUCAGCCCACUUGUGAUGAUAUAGACGAGGAAUUGCCAGAUGCAUGUUCAGGAUGCCUUGAAGGUUGCCACUGUCCAACAGGAACUGUGUCACAAGGCGACGCGUGUAUCCCAGUUGAUCAAUGUCCAUGCAAGCAUAAUGGGGCCAGUUACCCAGAAGGCACGGUAAUUCAUGCAAACUGUAUGAACUGCACGUGCAAUAAUGGACGUUUUGAUUGCAUGGGUGAAUCCUGUCACGAGAAAACAUGCUUGCCUGGAGAAUUCACAUGCGGCAACGGACGUUGCAUUCCUGGUCGCUGGGUCUGUGAUGGUGGCAACGACUGCCAUGAUGGAAGUGACGAAACAGAGUGUGUGCACACGUGUGAGGAAAACCAAUUUACAUGUACAUCCGGGGAUUGUGUGGCACAGAACUUUCGGUGUGAUGGAUUACCAGACUGUAAUGAUCACUCGGAUGAGUAUGGCUGUGGUCCUCCAAAGUGUGGAAAAGGUGAAUUUCAGUGUCCUGAAUCUAAGAAAUGCAUUGCAAGAAUAUUUUUAUGUGACCAUGACUACGACUGUGGCGCUGAUGACCACGCUGAUGAAGAAGACUGCAAGUUCUGUGAUGUCAGAGAAUUUUCCUGCGAUACCGGUCCUUGUCUUCCCGCCAUACAUCAGUGUGACGGUCAUGAUGACUGUGGAGAUGGAAGUGAUGAAUAUGGAUGUAAUUGCACCUGCCCUCACGAGUUCACUUGUCGAGAUUGCUCUGAUUGUUUACCAACACAUGAAAUUUGUGAUGGCAUCGAGCAGUGUGCAGAUGGAUCAGACGAAGAAAUGUGUGCCACUACUAGACCUUCAGUUCCCCUGAAAAUUGUUGAAGUUGGAAUGACUACCUUGCCCUCAGUAACAUGUGGACCAAAUCAGUACAUAUGCACAUCAGGUGAAUGUAUCAACACGAUUGAGGUGUGUGAUAACAAAACGGACUGCCAAUCAGGUGAAGAUGAGGCCAGGGAUUCAUGCGUACCACUUCCCGCAAUCGAUGGUGGUUGGUCAACAUGGUCUGAGUGGACAGAAUGUCCAACCACAUGCGACGUAUCCAGUAAAAGACGAUUUCGGACAUGUAUUGAUCCAGAGCCUUCAAAUGGUGGUAGAGUGUGCGAGGGAAGAGAAGAAGAAACUGAAGAGUGUGCAGAGGAACCAUGUCCGGUUGAUGGAAAUUGGACACCCUGGUCACCUUGGAGACCAUGUACCAAUACAUGUGAUGGUGGAAGCAAACUGAGAUUCCGAUCAUGUUCAAACGGACGACCUCAAUUUGGCGGCGCUCCUUGCCCAGGAGCACCAUUUCAAACUGCCGGUUGUAACAUGCAGCCUUGUGGUGAGGAAUGCGUUGACGGGAAGGUCGAACUGACUGCAGACCAAUGCCACGGAACAUGUCCUCGUUCGUGUAAUGCUUUGAGCAACAGUGUGGAAUGUCUCGACACGUGCGAACCAGGUUGUCAUUGUCCAGAAAACCAACUCUUGGACAAGAACGGAGUUUGCGUUGAAACUGAAAACUGUGGCUGUUUCUAUGAUGGUGAAAUGUAUGCUAUUGGGGAAAUCGUCAAAAAAAAGGAUUGUAAUAACUGUACUUGUGAAUCAGGCGGUGUCCUCCACUGUACAGAACACGAAUGUGACGUUGAUUGCAUGUGGAGCGAAUGGACCCCGUGGGGUGAAUGUCCGGUCACGUGUAGUGGUUCCGAUUAUGUUGGGCAGCAGAAACGAUACAGAUACCCCGAUCCACAGGCUACUGGUAAUGGUGAAAGAUGUACCUCCUCCAAAGAAGUUGAUGUCAAUGAUUGCAAUACGGAACCAUGUCCAAUUCCUGGACAAUGGACUCCAUGGUCACCAUGGCGACAGUGCACCAAAUCUUGUGAGACUGGUCUCAAAAUGAGAUUCAGGAGCUGUACUGCAAACAGACCUGCAAAUGGAGGUGUCGCAUGCCCAGGAAAACCGAUAGAUAUGUUCGGAUGCAAUGUCCUUCCUUGUGACACGGAAUGCCAAGAACCAAAAGAAUUCAAAGAAUGUUCCUGUCCACAAACAUGUGAACAUCUGUCCGGUGCAGCGUACUGCGAAGAGAACUGUGAAACUGGCUGCUAUUGUCCUGAAGGAAUGGUCCUACAUAAUGACACGUGCAUGCCAGUAUCUGAAUGUCCAUGCUUAGAUGCAGAUGGUAAUGUCUAUGAGAAUGGACAAGCAGUGCCAGAUGAAUGUAACACAUGUACGUGUCAUGAAGGUAACUUGAUAGACUGUACCGAAGAUGUAUGUGAUGUUGAUGGGGACUGGAGCUCAUGGUCUGCAUGGAGUGACUGUGAUAAGCCAUGUGAAGGAGGUGUGUCUCGCAGAUAUCGUGGAUGUGUUAAUCCUGCACCCAAAGGUCUCGGCAGAGAUUGUGAAGGAACAGAUGUAGAAAAUAAACCAUGUAAUACUGAACCAUGUGAAGAGGAUGGUGCAUGGGGAUCAUGGUCACCUUGGUCAGAAUGUACUGUAACCUGUGGAGCGGGUGUUACGACUCGUACCCGGGAUUGUGAUGAUCCUGCACCAGCUGGAGGGGGUCGACCUUGUCCUGGAAACGAAACGGAUAUCAGUAGUUGCUUACCUUCGGAAUGUCCAGUAACUACAUGCGUUAAUGGUACUGCUUGGGAUGAAUGUGGACCAGACUGUCCUCGUACAUGUGCAGAUCUAGAAAACUGCAUCCCCCAAUGUGCACAGGGAUGUUACUGUACAGAAGAUGAUGAAGUGUUGAAUCCUGAAGGUGACUGCGUGAAACCUUCGGAAUGUCCUUGCAGAAACCCGGACACUGGGGAAAUUAUUCCACUCGGUGCUACGGUGGAGCAAGACUGUAAUAUCUGCGAGUGUGUUGAAGGUCGAAUGAUGUGUACAGAAGAAGAUUGUCCAGUUGACGGUGAAUGGACAUCAUGGUCGCCAUGGAGUGAAUGUGACGUCAAAUGUGAGGGAAGACCCACUAUACAGUUCAGAACUAGAACAUGCACAAGUCCAGAACCUAGUAAUGGUGGGAGGGAAUGUGAAGGUGCACCAGAUCAAACCGCAAACUGUCCAGAGAUGCCUUGUCCAAGAACUGGGAGCUGGGGUCCUUGGGAUAAUUGGUCUGGUUGUGAAAGAUGUGAAAUUGGUGAACAAACCAGAAAACGAUUCUGUACUAGGCCAUAUCCAAUAGCAGGUGGAACAGAAGAAUCAGGAUGCCCAGGAAACACCACGCAAACUAAAGCGUGUCCAUUAGAUGAAGAUUGUAAGUGCUUAGAUGAACAGACAUGGAGUGAAUGUGCCAGCAUAUGUCCAAGGACGUGUGAAGAUUUACAGGAAGGUGUCGCUUGUUUAAAUGACGAAUGCACACCGGGAUGUGAAUGUCCAUUGGGUACUGUCCUACAAGACGAAAUGUGUGUGCCCCCAGAAGAAUGCAGAUGUAAAUACCCCAUGUCAGAGGUUGUUAAAUUGUUAGAUGAUGGACUAACUAAUCAGGCAACAUCUGGUCCAGCUGAAGAAGCAGUUGCAGAAGUUCUCAGUCAAAUAGGUACCACGCUAUCAUUACCAGAAGGUGGUGUUGAGAACCUCAAGCCUGGCCCAGAGAAAGACGCAUUGGCAGAAGAAUUAGUCAAACUACUUGAGACCAAGGAAUUAAAUCCAGGGGAGAUUGUCACUGUAAAAUGUAACAACUGCACAUGUGAAGCCGGUCAUUUGAUUUGUGCAAAAAAGAAUGUAAAGUUGAUGGAAAUUGGGCAUCAUGGUCACCAUGGUUUGAAUGUAGUGUCACAUGUGGCGGCUCUAUUCAAACAAGAAGACGAUUGUGCGCAAACCCACCACCUUCUAGUGGUGGAAAGCCAUGUAUUGGCCGCGCUGAAGACACAACACCAUGUAAUGAGGAACCAUGUCCAAGUCAACUACCACCUCCUCUACCAGAAGUGUGUCUAGUUGAUAUGUCCGUCUAUGAUGAUAUCAAUCAACAAGCUGAUGACAAAUCACAAAUAGAAAAACCAGAAGCGGGACAACCUGUUGGACAUCUUAAAGAUGGGACCUUAGUUUAUCCUGGAGAUGAAUUGGAUUCAGAUGUAACAUUAUUUCUUGAAUGUGGGAAUUGUACAUGCGAUCAUACUUCAUUAAAUUGCAAACCAGGUGCAUGCACAGAGGAUGGAAACUGGAGUUCAUGGUCACCCUGGGGCGAGUGCGAUCGCACAUGUGGU